UGAACUCAUAUGUUUGUAGACAAAAUCGAAAGCCAAAAUAUUCAAGGGAAAACAGCAAUUUUUGAUCAUGAAUAAUUCGCAAUCUAGCGGCGGUCCAAGCCAGAAUAUUGACUUGAACGAGGAACAGCACAUGAGUCAAUUCGGGAUCUCUAUCAAUGGCUUCUGCCUGCAAGCUGAGGGCAACAACCCCAGUUCCCCAGGCCGUAUUGCAACGGGUAGCACGAUUUCGGACCCCGACUUCGUUUCAGAAGAGGGCGGGAGAACAUUUCAGUAUUACAAACAAGGAAAAUAUUUUCUGCCGAAUGAUGGUGUUGAACAGAAUCGUCUAGACUUACAACAUGAGAUGUUCCGUAUUCUCCUGGAUGGUGCGCUUGCUGCGGCUCCCAUUGUGAACCCCGGAUACGUAUUGGAUAUUGCCACGGGGACAGGUCUAUGGGCCAUUGACUUUGCCGAAGAAAACCAAGCCUCGCGGGUUAUUGGAACCGAUCUGAGCAAAAUCCAGCCAUCGCGGCUCGACAUCCCGAACUGCAGCUUCAUCAGGGAAGAUUCCGAGGACCCGUGGGUCUUUCCUUGGAAGUUCGACUACAUUCACCUGCGACAGGUCUGCACGUGUUUCGCCGACACCAAAGUGGUGAUUAAACAAGCCUUUGAUAACAUGAACGAGGGCGGAUGGAUCGAGUUUCAGGAUUCAAGUGUGCAAAUCAUGUCGCUUGAUGGUACAACACAGGGCACGCGUAUUGAGAGAUGGAGCCAGCUCAUGGGUCGGGGAUUGAUGGCUCUAGGAAGAGACGCAAACAAGGCGCGUUUCUAUAAGCAAUGGCUCGAAGAAGCUGGUUUCGUCGACGUGGUUGAAAACAAAUACCCGUUCCCAAUCGGUCCCUGGCCGACCAACCCAAAGUUCAAGAAGCUUGGAAGUUACAACCUAACCAAUGUUCACGAAGGAUUUUCGGGCAUCUCCUUGAAAGUACUCGCAGCAGCCGGUCUGUCUGGUCCGGAGACGGAUGAGCUUGUAACGCAGGCCCUGGAAGAUGCUUCGAAUCCCCAAAUCCAUGCCCUUUGGCCCAUAUGGAUCGUAUACGGAAGAAAACCAUUCCCAUGGGAAACCAAAUAUUUUCCUGCGCGACCCCCGAAUCUCCGGAUGUGGCCAUCUGAAUACCACCCAGGCCCUGCAACGUAGUCUCCACAGAGUGACACGGCAGCACCAAUUUCCUGAGACGUCCCUCAACCUCGCAGACUGGCAGUAGCCACCUCUGUCGAGUUCAUGGAAUAACCUCUGCUUGAAUAAGUAUGUACUGCGCCCACCAAGGAACAGGUCUGCCUGUAUUUUGUUACAAUCUAUACAUGAUGAAAAUAGAUGAAAAUGUAAAAAGUUGC